AAUUCUGAAAAUUUCAAUAAAAAUAAUUAAUUUAAUAUAAAAUAUAGAUAUUGCAACAUAAAUAAUGUCCCAAAGUGGUGGUGGAGGUGGUGUAGCAACUGCUCCUGGCGUUGCUGCAGCAUCCCUUGGAGCAUCCAGACGACAUCGUGAUUUGCCACAAGAUGCAAAUGUCUCUGGAACAUCGAUAUCAGCUCGAUUUGGUGAAACUGAAUGGGAAGCUCGUGAGUCUCAAAGACAACGAGAACUCGAAGAAGCACGAGCUCGUGCCGCACAAAUGGAAAAAACAAUGAAAUGGUGGUCGGAUUGCACAGCCAAUUGGCGUGAGAAAUGGAGCAAGGUUCGCAACGAACGCAACAAAGCUCGCGAAGAAGCUAAACAAUUGAGAGCUAAUCUGGACAUUGCCAUGAAAGAGUCAAAUUCAUAUAAACGAGAGAAAAAUGAUCUCGAGAUGCAGAUAACCCAGCUGAAGAAGGAAAUGGAAAAGGUUCAUAUGCUGAUGAUGAAACAUGCUGGACAGUUUCAUAAAGAGGGAAUCGACAACGGUGAUGAACCUGAGAGGGAUGGAAGAGAUAAUAACUGUUCCCCCGACAUUUCAUCGGAUGGAUUGAAGAAUGUUAACAGUGAGGACGGAUUGGUCACAAAAGCAGUUGGAGGCGACAUCAAAGAUGUUGACAUUGAAGAAUAUGUAUUGCAAGGAGCUGUGCCAAAAAAUCUCAAUGAAUUGCUAGAUGAAGAGACAGCUGAAGAGAAACGUCUUAUCCAACAAUUAUCCAAGGAUGAUUUUGAUGAAGAAUAUCUUUUGCAAAAAAUCUCUAUGCUUCAGUUACGUUUAGAUGAAGCUCAAAAAACAAUUCAAGUUGAAAGAGAGGAGAAACACAUGUUGCAUAAAAAUAUAGAAAAAGUUUCUAUUGAAAUUCAAGAAAUUCGUGACAAACAUGAAGAACUAAGAUCAGCAAAACAAGAAGCAGUUCGAGAGCUCUUAACUCUACAAGAACAACAUCGAGCUGAAGUUCGAAUUUUAAAUAAUUCUAUCCAAGAAGAAGUCUCAGCUAGAGAGAAUCUAGAAAGACGACUUUGUGAACUCAGAACUGAGUUGGAAAGAUUACAAGCAGAAAACGCAUCCGAAUGGGGUAAACGUGAAAGACUCGAAACAGAAAAGCUUGCCCUGGAAAGAGAUAACAAGAAGUUAAGAUCAGAAAUUCGUGAUUUACAGGAGAGAUCAGAUCGCAAGGGACGACCUGUUCAAGCGAGUGAUGUUGAAUUCAGGACAUUACAACAAGAGUUAUCCGAAAAGAAUAAGGAAAUCGGAGAAAUAAAGCAGUCACAUUCCAAAUUGAAGAAACUACUUGCAGAAACCAAUACAGAAUUAGGGCAUGCUGUUCGUCGAGCCGAACAAUAUGAAGGCGAGGUAAAGCGUUUGCGGGCACGAGUAGAAGAGCUUAAAAGGGAACUAGCUGGUGCCGAAGAUGAGCUAGAUGCAGCUUGUAAUCAAGUUCGACGUCUUCAACGUUCCAAUGAUGAACUUAUUGGUCAAGCAGAAGGAUUUCAAGUUCAGAUUCAACAUUUGCAAACAAGACGUUCAGCCAGUCCACAACAACGUCCCACUAAUUUUGGUUCAUCGUCUCUAACCUCAACAUCUGGCAUACCAAUUGUAUCGCACAAAACAAGUAAUCUCCCAUUAGUAGAAUGCAAACCAAACAUAAACGAUUUGCGUCAGCUUUUUGAUGAUCCACCACGUCAUAGUGGCGGCGGCGGUGGGGUUGCUCCCACCUCCGGCACCGCCAGUGGAGAAUCAUCAAAAAGAUCAAGUCAAACCGAUCGAACUCUAAAUCUAAAUCAAUCGUUUUUCGACGCCAAACCAACGCACUUGGAAGAGAACAUCUUUGAAUCCAAGGCACGAAAUCUUGAUUUCGAGCGAGCUAAACAAAAAUUUGACAAUCCACAUCACCACCAUCACCAUCAGCGCGAGCAACGUGAACGAUCAUCUGGAAGAUUUGCCAACUUCAAGUGUCCAUCAAAUGCCACUAAGAAUUCAGAUUUAAUGUUGUCUGGUGGCAACUCUGGUAAUGGCAUUCAAGGAAAUGGCAACAAUGGCACUGGUGGUGGGCCAACUUCUAUGCAAGUAUUUGAUGAUCAUUUGCGUUCCUCUGCUUUUAGCGGUGGCGGUAAUGUUGGUGGUAAUAAUAGUAUUGGUGGUGUUAUUGGUGUUGGUAUUGGUGGUGGCGUUGGAAAUAAAAAAGAUCCAUUUUCUAGAAAUAGCAUCAAUUUGGAUGGUUUGAAGGUUUCCGAUGAUGAUGAAACUCCGUAGUUAUGGAUCAACGAGCAUGCUGUUAGAUGAAGAAACUGAAGGAAAUAGCGAUGAGGGUAUUUAGAGUUAUUCACAUGAUAAGCAAUAAGAACCUUUAAAACAGUUAUUAUUACUCACCUAUUAGUUAGGCAUUCAUUAAUAUUAUUUAAGUAUAUUUUUUGUUAAUCAAUGAAAAAUAAUAAAUCUAAGGAUUGCAGUGACGCAUGGAAAAGUUAAAAUUACGAAAAGCUUAGGAGUUAAUUUUCCAUUUUAAACAAUUCACGUGACACUUAGUUUAAUUUAUAUUUUUCUUUAGAGUGCGUCAGAUGAUAAUAUUUUAUUGUCAUAGUAUAGCUUCAUUAAAAUAUUUUUCCAUUUCCAUUGACUAAUUCUAUUAUUGUGAUGUUUUUGAUUAUACACUGCCGGUCAAUAGAAUAGGUUCACCUUCUAAAUGGCAAAGGAGAAAAAAAAAAUAUUUUACAAAAACAUUUUUGCGAUCCUAGUUUUAAGCCCUGUCCUUUUACCUAAAUUUAAUUGAGAAACAGGUAGAUAGGCAACUAUUGUAACGGUAAAUAUACGGCCCUAUUCUGCUAUUCGAUUCGCGUGAAACUCAAAAAUAAGAAGCGUUUAAAAGGCGGUAAAAAUUAAACUUAGAAUUUUUUUUUUUCUUUAGAGUUUCUAAAACUGGCAGAAACAACACUUUGCUGUCUAAAAUUAGUAGUUUUUCAAAGCCAAUUUCUUGUUAUAAAGGAAGGGAAUCUUUCGAUUCACGUGAAUCAAGUAGCAGAAUAGGGCCGAUAUUUAUAUUUUGCAUUGUUUCUAAAAGAAGUCAAUAGAAUAGGUGUACCCACUUUAAAGUAAGUUUGGGUUCAAAGUUAUAUAAUUCAACGGACGGUUUUUUAGUGGAGCAAUAUAGGGUUUGCUGUUUUACUAGAAACGGGACAUUCCAAGCGCCUUAGCUCCGAAAAAAUAAGAUCAAGUUGUAGAUCAAGCUAUGAAGAUCGAUAAACCAUUAGCAUUUUGUUAAAGGAACAGAGUAAACUACAAGAAACCUAUACUAAAAUAUAAAACAACGGGAAAAGAACCUCCAAAUUAAGAGAAAUGCGAAUCAUCCAUUGGUUUGUAUUAGAUUCUUCUGUGUUUUAAAUUACUAAUAAAAGUUUUACUUCUUUUAAUAGAGAUUCUGAGAUAGUUGCAAAAAACCAAUAGGAUCGAUAGAAAAUUUUUUACUUUUAUAGUUGAGUCAUAUUCUUCUUAUUUUCUCAAAUAAGACAGAGAAGUAAUCGAAAAAAGGUCUGAUUUGUUAGCAUUGCAAUUAAUUUUAUUAAACUUUUGUUUCAAUAGUUUUGAAACUGUUAUUUUUUUCAAAAUAAAUCAAAAAAAAGUUCAAUCACAGGAAGAGCAUCAGUAAAAAGUUUUUUUUCUUAAGUUUUUGUAGGUGAAGCAUUCGAUUCUGUGUCGUUUAUAGGGUGAACUUAUUAAUUUGACUAGCAGAGUAAUGUAUCCUUUAUUUUGCCAUUUCCGAACAAAUGAAACAAAAAAUUGUCAUAUUUUUUUUAUUUGUAAUAUGCAAUUCAUUGCCAUUUUAUUAAAACUUCCAAUUCAUAAAAAUAUUAUUUUAUUCAAAGAAAAUUAAGAAAAAAAAAAAAAAAAAAACACGAAGACUUAUUUACAAAACAAAAGAUUAUAAAAAAAUACCUAACUAUUAGUUGUUGUAUUCUUAAAAUAUAAAUAUGUACUACUUAUGUAUUCGACUAUUUUUAGAUAUUGACCAUUAUUAUAAUAUAAAUAUAUUUAUGAAUUUAAAAAAAAUAUCUAGAAUCUAUUGACAGUGUUAAAAUUAAGAGCAUGAUAUAAA